AGGCGUGGUACGGGCUCCUUGAAGGGACAAUUCCCGGCAGUGACGUUGUUAAGCCGAGUCGCUGGAACUACAACAUGCCGGAAAAAGAAAUCUCGUUUGAAGAAGAUGACUUGCAGUUUGAGGAGGAGAUCCUGCGGAAUCCAUAUUCUGUCAAGUGCUGGAUGAGAUAUAUUGAAUCCAAGGGCUCCGCACCGGCUCAUACCCUUAACCUCAUCUAUGAGAGGGCACUUAAGGAGCUUCCAGGAAGCUACAAGCUGUGGUACGCCUAUCUAAAGCAGCGCAGGAAGCAGGUGAAGAGGCGAUGCAUCACUGAUCUGGCCUUCGAGGAGGUGAAUAAUUGCCAUGAGAGAGCCCUGGUCUUCAUGCACAAGAUGCCCCGGAUUUGGCUGGAUUACUGCCAGUUCCUCGUGGAGCAGUGUAAAAUUACCCGCACUAGGAGAACGUUUGACCGGGCUCUUCGCGCUCUUCCCAUUACACAGCACUAUCGAGUCUGGCCCCUUUACUUACGCUUUGUCCGUGCACACCCCCUACCAGAGACUGCGGUCAGGGUCUACAGGAGGUACUUGAAACUGUGUCCUGAGAAUGCGGAGGAGUACAUAGAAUAUCUACGCUCUAUUGACAGACUGGAUGAAGCGGCCUCCAGACUGGCAGGCAUUGUAAACCACGAUGACUUUGUAUCAAAGGAAGGAAAAUCUAAUUACCAGUUAUGGCAGGAGCUGUGUACCCUACUGUGCCAGAACCCAGGAUCUGUCCGCUCCCUUGACUCAGCAGCCAUCAUUCGAGGUGGCUUGACGCGCUUUACAGAUCAGAGGGGAAAGCUGUGGUGCGCCCUUGCAGAAUAUCACACACGCAGUGGCCAUUUUGAAAAGGCUCGAGAUGUGUAUGAGGAGGCCAUUCAGACCGUCACCACUGUACGUGACUUCACCCAAGUCUUCGACAGCUACGCUCAGUUUGAAGAGAGCAUCAUUGCUGCUAAAAUGGAGACUGUCAGUGAGAUGGGAAAAGAAGAGGACGAUGACCUGGACCUGGAGCUGAGAUUGGCUCGCUUUGAGCAGCUGAUGGAGCGGAGACCUGUUUUACUGAAUGGGGUGUUACUCCGACAGAACCCACACAAUGUUCACGAGUGGCACAAGAGGGUACAGCUCUAUCAAGGCAAGCCACGAGAGAUUAUUAACACAUUCACAGAGGCUGUCCAGACUGUGAAUCCAGCCAAGGCAACUGGGAAACCGCACACGUUAUGGGUGGCAUUCGCCAAGUUCUAUGAGGACAAUGGCCAAAUCGAUGACGCUCGAGCGAUCCUGCAGAGAGCGACCCAGGUGCAGUACACACAUGUGGAUGACUUGUCCGCUGUUUGGUGUCAGUUUGGUGAGAUGGAGCUGAGACAUGAGAAUUAUGAGGAGGCGCUGUCUAUAUUAAGGAAAGCCACGGCAGUACCGGCCCGCAAGGCUGAAUAUUUUGAUGCCUCUGAGCCGGUGCAGAACAGACUCUACAAAUCCCUGAAAGUCUGGUCCAUGUUGGCCGACCUGGAGGAAAGUUUGGGGACUUUCAAGUCCACAAAGGCGGUAUACGAUCGCAUUGUCGACCUCCGCAUAGCCACGCCACAGAUCAUCAUCAACUACGCUUUCUUCUUGGAAGAACACAACUAUUUUGAAGAAAGUUUUAAGGCCUAUGAACGUGGUAUCGCCCUUUUCCGCUGGCCUAAUGUCUAUGACAUCUGGAGCACUUACCUGUCUAAGUUCAUUGCUCGGUAUGGAGGGAAGAAGCUGGAGAGAGCUCGGGACCUCUUUGAACAAGCCUUGGAUGGUUGUCCUCGAAAGUUUGCAAAAAAUAUAUUCCUGCUGUAUGCAAAACUGGAGGAAGAGCACGGUCUGGCCCGCCACGCCAUGGCUCUGUAUGAGCGAGCGACUCAGGCAGUGGAACCAGGAGAGCAGUACGAGAUGUUUAACAUUUACAUUAAGAGAGCGGCUGAAAUCUAUGGCGUUACACACACCCGCAGCAUUUAUGAGCGGGCCAUUGAGAUUUUGCAAGAUGACCAGGCCCGGGAGAUGUGUCUACGAUUUGCUGACAUGGAGUGUAAAUUAGGAGAAAUUGACCGUGGCCGAGCUGUGUAUUCCUACUGCUCUCAAAUGUGCGAUCCCCGGUUGACCUCAGGGUUUUGGCAGACCUGGAGAGAUUUUGAGGUGCGGCAUGGUAAUGAGGACACACUGCGUGAGAUGCUGCGGGUCAAGCGUAGCGUACAAGCCAAGUACAACACACAGGGGACGUUCCUUGUAUCUCAAAGGUUGAGGGCCGAAGGAGUAGGUGCUAAUGAGGAAAGCAAAGAAGUCGAUGAGAUGCAGGCUCUGGAGAAGAGGGCAGCCGUGGUGGCAGCCGAGGCAGAGAAGGAUAAACCUCAGAUGAAGGAGAAGAUCCUCUUUGUCAGGUCUGACGCCUCCCGCACAGAGUUAGCAGAGCUGACGCUUCAGAAUAAUCCAGACGAGAUCAACAUAGGAGAUGAGGAUUCAGAAGAGGAUAUGGAGCCUGAUGAGGUGCAGCUGGAGCAGAAAUCGAUCCCUUCAUCGGUCUUCUCUGGUCUCGCUGAUGACUGAUUCCUUCUCCUCCCCCACCACCAAUUCAGAAGCACCAAAUAAAAGACAAACGCCAAUCUUUUCAUUCUCCUUGAUUUGUUUUUUAUAUACAAAUAAUUGCAAAAUCAUUUAAUAUAGAUAUUUAUAGUAAAUCUGUAUGUAUAUUAUAAAUACAUGUGGCGGGGCAGCUUGUCAUCAGCUAUGGAGUCCAGACUCGCUGAGACAUUGCCGCCUACAAUUCAUCCAUGUUAUCUGUAGUAUGUUUAUAAAUAGUGUAUGAUGAGUUCUGUGGGGGUGUGACCUUAAUCCUCAGGGGCAGGACUUGCCCUGACCUUUUCUUACUAUGAGAAUGUGGGGAUGAAUAUGUGGUAGAUAUUCCCCUUCCUUUAGGGGACCAAAGAAUUCAAACAUUUCUCUACUACCUUCAGUACACCAACCCUACAGCUACUGUAUAUGCCUAAGCAAUAAUGUAUAGGGAGCUUUCCAAGUAGCAGAUUAUAAAACCUGACUCCAUAGAGUUUAUGUUCUACAGAGCCCACCAACUGUAUUAUAAAGUGUGCUUCUGCAGAGCAUGGUCUUUCUCCCUGCAAUUUUAUACCAUCUUUCUUUGUGCUGAUCAUAAGGACUUAUUAAAGUGAAAAAGCAAGUUGCUUGGGGCUGACAUUUUCUAAGUGUGGUAAGAUGCAAGACAGUAUCUACCACUGCUUUAGUAGCUAUAGCUUAUGCAUAUGGGAGAAAGGUAUGUUUUAUUAGCCAAUUUCCUAGAGAUGGCUCACUAUGUACAUGCACCAGGCUUGCAGAUCUAGUCCAGAAUAGAAUCCCAAACAAAAGCUGUCACAGCCCCUAUGCUUAUUAGGGUAGAUCUACAGGGCCUGUGUCAAGCAUCUGCCCCCGUGACCAUUUCCCAAGUGGAUACAGACCAGGAAGCUUAUGGGAAAGAAGUGAAUUUACGUAAAGGGUCAGAACAUGUGCAGCCCAUAAUUAAUUCCCACCACAAUUCAAUACAUAUAAACAGCGUCUGUCCAGGUUUCAGCCUGGAUCUUUAGAAUAUACAAAUAUUAUCUACAUUUUAGAGACCGAAGAAAAGAGUUCAUUCUCCACGUAGUGGCUAGAACGUAUACAACACCAACAUUUCUUUCUUCACUGUUUUUGUCAAAGUCAGGGGCAUCUAGGCUACUAGGAUCCAGCCCCUGUAACUUAGGAUUUAGUAAAACAAAGAAAAAAAAAUAUUACUGGAAAAAACAGGCUCACCAGCUUACAUUUAUAUAUAUAAAAAAAAAAAACUUCCUACAUGAAGCUCUCCAAAAGUUGGAGGAAAUAUUUUAAAGCAUGAUGUAAGCGAGCACAGAUACAAGACAAGGGCAGUUCAUUAAGCAGAUACAUGGCACUGGACAUGCGGCACAACACUGAACUGUGAGCUACCGGUGGAGGCAUAUAUGAGAUGAUGGGCAGUUGCUAAAGGCAAGGCAUGGAAUAGUCCAUGGCUGCACUUCACAUGGUGAAUAGGCAGUGAAAGAAGGUGCUAAAUAAGUUAAGGGCAGUAAACCAUUGUGCAUAAAAACUAGUGGUCAAAGUAGCCAUGCAGACACCUAGCUACCUUCAGCAGAAAGUAGGUCACCACAAGUCAACUCAGAAGGUAGCACGCAAACACAAGAUAUAAAGUAAGAAUGCAAAAAAAAAAAAAAGCCAUCUUAAAGAGCAGACAGAUCUGUAAUUUUGUACUGUAUAAGGUGUAGAAGGCACAGAUGGAAAAACUGGUGUGGACUGAUAUGUGGCACCAAGUUCAUGGAAGGCACCAGCUUGGCACAUCAGAGUU